UUUUACAGAAUUUUUGGAUCCAUUCCAGCGGGUAAUCCAGCCGGAAGAGAUCUGGCUGUAUAAAAAUCCUUUGGUGCAAUCAGAUAACAUACCUACACGUCUUAUGUUUGCAAUUUCAUUCCUUACACCACUAGCAGUCAUUUUUGUGGUGAAAAUAAUCCGACGAACAGACAAGACUGAAAUUAAAGAGGCUUUCUUAGCUGUUUCCUUGGCUCUUGCUCUGAAUGGCGUCUGCACAAAUACUAUUAAAUUAAUAGUGGGAAGACCGCGUCCCGAUUUCUUUUACCGCUGCUUUCCAGAUGGAGUAAUGAACUCUGAAAUGCACUGCACAGGUGAUCCAGAUCUGGUGUCUGAAGGCAGAAAAAGCUUUCCGAGUAUCCACUCUUCCUUUGCAUUUUCAGGCCUUGGCUUUACCACCUUCUACUUAGCUGGAAAAUUACACUGCUUCACGGAAAAUGGCCGGGGGAAGAGCUGGCGGCUUUGUGCAGCAAUUCUCCCGCUCUACUGUGCCAUGAUGAUUGCCCUGUCACGUAUGUGCGAUUACAAACAUCACUGGCAAGACAUGGACCUAGUGGAAAGUCUG